GAGAUGCUACACUCUGGGAUGGAACACUGACAACAACUGUGUAGGAGACGCAGGGGAGAAAGUUAAUAAAGACUGAGUGCUUUAGGCUAGUUGAUGGAUAGAAGGUUUUCCUCCCUGUAGAAAGGUGAGAUAGUAGUAACCUAUAGACUACGCCUGCUCAACAGCCAACAAGAACACACAGGAGGUCCUUAGGAGCGUUAUUUCAAACAGCAGGAGACCAUGAUGGCCAAGUUGUACGGGAGGCCCAGCGAGGGGGCAGAGCUAGUCAGUUCUCUGGAGUGGAUGGAUGAUGACGUGAGCUCCCCAGACGGAGACGAGCCAAUCACAGCACACCGCUACAGACCGGGUGGAAUGGGCCACCUGGGCAGGGAGCUGGGCAGUGAGGACAUGGAGGAGGAUGAAGAGGAAGGGGAAGAGGAGGACCAUGGAGAUGGGAACGCUCCCAAACGCAGAGGGCCCAAGAGGAAGAGGAUGACCAAGGCCCGGCAGGAGCGCUUCAAGGCGCGGCGUGUGAAGGCUAACGCCCGGGAGCGCUCGAGGAUGCAUGGGCUGAACGACGCUCUGGAAAACCUGCGCAGCAUCAUGCCCUGCCACUCUAAGACCCAGAAACUGUCUAAGAUCGAGACCCUGCGGCUGGCCCGCAACUACAUAUGUGCCCUGUCUGAAGCCCUGGAGGGGGACCAGUCCACGGAGAGCAGGGCCUUUAUGGAAACCCUGUGUAAAGGCCUCUCCCAGCCUACCAGCAACCUGCUGGCUGGCUGUCUGCAGCUGGGGCCUGGGGGGCAUAUCGAGGAGAGGCCUGAAGACAGGCAAGGGGGGAGAGGAGGACCCACAAUCCUGGGAGGGGUGGGGAUGGCUGUUGGACCAAUCAGCUACUCCUCCCCCGGCCUGCCCAGCCCGCCUUACGGCACACUGGACUCCGCCCACCUGCUCCACCUGAGAGGGAUGAAGGGAGGGGCUUAUGAGAGCCACUCCCCUAACGACUGUAACAGUGGGGUAGGCACCCCUCCCUACGAUGGCCCCCCCACACCCCCUCUCAGCAUUGGCAGUAACCUAGUGCUCAAGCAGGAGUCCUCGCCCCACUAUCUUCCCCCUCACCACUACCCCCCCUCCUCCAUCGGCCUGACAGGCCCCCAGGGACAGGUCUUGUACCAGAGCGCCCGCUACCAGGUGCCCCUGGAGAUGCCCUAUGAUUCAUACCGCCCUCCUCACAUGGCACCCCCACAGAUGGGCACCGUCUAUGGGGAUUAAGGUGUAGAGAGGACAGAUGGGGCAGAUGAGACUCUCCCCAACAACACACUUCCCCAACUGGCUCCAUCUUGACCAAUGACUGAGAUGUUGGGAGAAAUCUGACUUUGAUAUGAGAGACCCAUCUUAGUACUAAACACUGUGAAACCAGCCCAUCGUUGUGAACAACUGGGUAGUUACUUAGUAAAAAGUAGAAAGUGGAUUGUUGUUUACAUUUGUGUACUGUAAAGGUUAGUGCUCAACACUGUCAAAAUCAGCACAUGAUUGACAUUAAACCGCUUGUUUGCUGUGGUUGUUUCUGAACACCAAUUAAGCUAAAAGGCACCUCACUACUUGACCAUUUCCAAGGGGUUCACAAGAGGAGUGGGUCCUAUAGGUGGAAAGGCUGACUUGAAGAAAGACCUCAGCUUGAGCACUUCUGACCAGCACUCGGAACAUGAAACACAUCAUUCACAUGCAUUUAUUUAUUCUCUAAUGUAAUAUUUAUAUGAACUGCUGUUAGUCAUUUUGUGUCUAUCCUUUAUAUAUGUGUUUGGUCUUGGCCUUCUCUACUUGUGCUGUCCCUGUUACAUUGUUGACUGACUCUGAUAGUGUAUCUGUUUUCUCUCUUCUGUGUCCAUUUCUCCUUUGUGGUCAGUUAUUCCCUGUUUCACACAGAAAAAUAUUCUCAUAUAUAUUGCUAGCGUAGCUGAGGACCAGAGAGAAAACUGCCCAUGAGGAAGUGAGAAAUGUCUGCUGUUGUAAUGACAAGAACAAAUAUCAAUUACAAAAUCUGAUCACAGUGUAACUUAUUAGAGAUAUCAUUCUGUUCAGACACUUUCUCCAUUGCCAAAUAUUUAAAAAAAACGCAAAAAUGUUCCUCAAGAUGAUUACCUUUGGAUUGAAUUUUUGAACAAAAACGUUAUCCAUUAAAACCAUUUA